AGCCUGGACGUAGGUUGUGAUUUGACCGGAGAGAGGUCUAAACUUUGCGAGAAAGCGAUCUUCGUCUGGCAGCGAACGAACUUGUCAGAUCAGAUCAGGCCUUCUUUUCACUCUCCCUUUCGACGCAAUGACCAAUCGGUCAAUGUUGACCUUCAACCCUGGCCGAGUCUUCGCAAGGGUUGUCAUGUCGACAUUUUAGGCCCGUCGAAAAGGCCAUCAAGGCCAGAUCAUGCCUUGCCGCCUCAAGAAAGAGCCCCCCUCGAAGGGAGAGACGGUUUAACGGUACCACAUUCACGCGACUGGCCUCGGCUGGCCGAUCCGACAGACACGAGCCCUCCGACCCAUGAAGAAGACUGA